AUGGUUAAUAAUAUAAAAUUAGAAGAUAUAUCAAAUGAACUUUUCUUAUGUAUUUGGGAUCAAUUAUCAAUGGCGGAUGCUAUUUAUAGUUUUUCUAACCUUAAUACAAGAAUUGAUUGUAUGUUAUUCAGAUUUUGUUGCCUUUAUGAUAAAUUAGAUUUACGUUAUUGUUCAUUGUCAAUAUUUCGUUAUUUUUCUCAUCAAAUAAUAAUGAAAGAUGAAUGGCGUUUGAAUUUAACCGUUUUAAAAAUAGGUAAUUCAUAUCGUUGUUCUCAAGUGAUUUCAUUAGCCGAUGAAGUGAUAAAGUUUUUUAUGAAAAAUUAUUUUAUAAGAAAAGAUAAUCAGAACAAUAAUUCAUCAAAUUUACUCCAUAUGAUAAAUUUACUGAAGAAGAAAAAUGUCGAACCAAUAUUUCCUCAAUUAAAUACGUUAAUUGUUUAUCAGAGUAUAACAAUGAAUGAAAAUUAUCGAGAUAUUUUUCUGUAUGGUAUCGCUUGUGGAUCAACUUUACGUACAUUAAAUUGGAGAGCUUGUUCCUAUCAAACUCAUCAUUCGGAAUCAUUUUUCGAUUGGUUAUUUCAAUGUUCAACUAAUUUACAUAAAUAUCAACUCUUAAAUACAUUAGGUGAAAGUGGUUUUGAACUUUCGUAUCAUCAUACAUUGAUUAAUAGUUAUCAAUUUCAUCCAUCACUUAUUUUUCUUAAAAUUAAUAUUUUGAAUUUAUCAACUCUAUUUGUGUUACUUUAUUAUCUUCCAAAACUUGAAUGGCUCGAUGUUCAUAUUAGCAAUCCUAUUGAAGUAGAAAAUGAUUUUAAUAAAAAUUUGUCAAAAACUAUGGAUUAUCCGAUUAAACUUCAUACUCUUAAGUUCAGAACAUUGAAUAUACAAGGACGAGGUUGUUAUGAAUUAGAAAAUCUUCUAUUAAAAUUUGUUCAAUCACUUGAAUCUUUAUCCAUAUCCAUGUAUCAUCGAUGUGCUAAUGAACCUGGUCUAAAUUAUAAUGGUUAUUCUCUAAGUAUUCUUUGUCAAAAAUUCCUACAUCUUCGAUCAUUUCAUUUUGCUCUUCAAAUACAAAUGUUCGAAAAAGCUGAUGAAAAUGUCAUUAAUAACUUUGUAAACACAUUCUCUACACCUUUUUGGCUUAAUGGACCUUUUGGAUGUAAACGAGUAUGCGUGGAUUUCGAACAAAUCUAUGGUCUGAUACAAAUGUUUUCUCUUCCAUUUACUUUCAACGAUUUUACUUUAACUCGCUCGAUUGAUUUAACAAAUAUACAAUUUAAUACUGAUUUAAAAGAAAAUCAAACAUCAAAACAUUUAUCUCAAAAACUUGAAACUCUUUGGUUUGGAAUGGAUCGAUUACUUUUAUCAUUUGAUAAAAAUCAAAUAUUAUCAUCAGUAUUUAUUCAAGCUCUACGAUGUCCAUCUAGUCAAGGGAAAACAUUAGUAUUAUCACAAAAGAGAGGAAUUAUGUCAGAAAAUAUAGUAAAUCAAAUUCAAUUAACACACUUUAAUAUGCUCGCAUUAUUUGAUUCAAUUGAUACAAAUAUUAAUUAUAAUCUUCAAGAAUUAAUUAGUUGGUUUCAACUACUACCGAAUAUUAUUUGUCUGGAGAUUUGUUUGACAGAAUUCAAGUAUUGGUUGACAAAUGAUACGAAUAAUUUAUAUCUUUGUUCUGUUUUACAACGUCUCGAACGAUUACAUGUUGAUUGUUCUUCAUUAAUUAAUAGGCAAAUGAAUGAAGAAAUUUAUCAUUUAUUUCUAUCGUAUAUCAUUGAUAAAGAUCGUUUUCCUCAAUUAAGAUGUUUACGUUUAAGGAGCUGCAAAAAUAUUGCAUCGUCAUGGGAAAAUAUCGAUCAAUGGAUUAGUUUUAUUCUUACUCAUAUUAAUGAACAUCAAUUAACAUGUGUACGUUUCGAUUUUAUUGAGCAAGAAAAGAAAACAACUGAAAUGAAUAUAUGUAAUCAAAUAAUGAGAAUUGUUCAAUUAUCAUCGAUUAUCGACAUUCAUCAAUUUGUACAUGACAAUCAUAUUGCUUUAUGGAUCGAACGAAGAUACAAGUAUUUUUCAUUAACAAAAUAA